AUGCCCCCCACCCUCCCAACAACCCGCCGCGCCUUCCGCCGAACAGACGACUACACCCCGGGCACACCCAAACUCUACGCAGUCGACGAACCCCUCACGCCCCUGGGCCCCACCUCGGUGCUGAUCAAAAUCCACGCCAUCGCCCUGAACUACCGGGACGCCAACAUCGCCAACGGCGGAAACCCGUGGCCCGUCCUCCCGCACGGGAUCCUAUGUAACGACGCCGCAGGGGAAGUCCUCGCGGCCGGCGAGAAGGUCACCAGCCUGGCCGUCGGCGACCGCGUCGCCCCCAUCAUCGACACGCAGUUCGUGUCCGGCCGGGAGCUGGGCCGGAGCUGGCUCGCGGCCGACGAGGACGGGGUCAUGGCGGACCACGUCGUCUUCGACGAGAGGGUGGUCGUCAAGCUUCCGACGUAUCUCGACUGGAGCAGCGCCGCGACGAUCCCCUGCGCGGGCGUCACGGCGUGGUCCGCGCUCAAGGGGAUGAGUAUCGGGCAGACGGUGCUGAUUCAGGGUCUGCCUUUCUUGGUUAUUGUCUUUUUGGAGAGUGCUGCGCUAACGGAUAAAUGGGCGGCAGGGACCGGCGGCGUGAGUGUGUUUGCGCUGAAGCUUGCGCGCGCGGCGGGCCUGCGCGUGAUCUUGACCUCGUCGAGCGAUGAGAAGCUGGCGGCCAUGCAGAAGAAGUAUGCGGAGCCGCCGUUGUUGACGGUCAAUUACUCCAAGACUCCGGCGUGGGAGGAGGAGGUGCUGCGGUUGACGGACGGGGUGGGCGUGGACAUUGUGGUCGAGAACGGGGGCACGCCGUCGCUCGUGCGGUCGAUGAAGUGCACGCGGCGCGGCGGGGUCGUCAGCCAGGUCGGGUAUCUGGGGAAGCAGAAUGGGCAGGAUCUGGCGGAGUUGGUGCCGGUCAUUAUCGAUCGGCGGGUCGUCUUGAGGGGUAUCAAUGCGGGCUCGAAGUUUGAUACGGAGGACUUCUGUGCGGCGCUGGCGGCGACGCAGACUCGAUUAGAUGAUUUGAUUGACUCGGUGUUUCCGUUUGAGAAGGCGGAGGAAGCGGUCGAGUAUGUCUGGCAGGGGAAGCAGGUGGGGAAGAUUGUGCUUCAGCUGUAG